UAACAGAGUGUCACCUCUAUGACCUGCAGCAAAACAAAAAGAGCAAUAUAUUAUUUUGGGAAUCUGAAGAUUGUUGGGACUGCGAGGGGAUAAGGCGAUUGGGAGAAGCAACAGGAACCACCCAAGGAGCAACUGCAUCCGAUGCACCAGGCACAUUUGGCCCAAGGAAGUGCUGGUAGCGAGCAGCAAGUGUCCCCUUCCCGAUUGAGAUUCCGGUCCAGAUCCAGAUCCAUCGCCAUGCUCGCUUUUUGGAGAGAUUCCAGCCGCCGGUGGCUGUGAUGAAGCGCUAGGUUGUGGCCAGGAUGUGGCCAGCUGUUUUGCCCCGCCUGCUGAGACGUCGCAUUGUCUACAUAGUGCUUGUGCUGCUGGUGCUCGUCUACGGAUUCGGACACCUCUUCGAUGGGGACUCCUUUUCCGGUCUACACUAUGACGAGUAUGUGGUGCAGCGCACCCGACCGCUGCUGUGGACGCAGCAGCUACUGGCGCCGGAGGAGCAGCUCAAUCGGACGCGUGGCGAUCCGGAGGCGCGUUGCCGGAACUCCGUGCAGGGUCGCCGGCUGCUGGCCGACGAGCGUGGAUUCGUGUGCCGGCGCGAGGAGGUGCUGAUCAGUGGUUGCUGCAAUCCAGAGCUUCCCGGCAUUGGCUACUACAGCUGCCGCACCUGCAACACCACUACCCAUUGCUGCGGCGUGUACGAGUACUGCGUCUCCUGCUGCCUGCAUCCCGGCCAGCAACCGCUGCUGGAGCGCGUCCUACAGGCGCCCAACACGCCCAAGUACAUAUUCGCAAGCGUGUCGGACCACUUCGAGCUGUGUCUGGUCAAGUGCCGGACGAACUCGCACUCCGUGGAGCACGAGAACAAGUACCGCGAUCCGGCGGCCAAGCAUUGCUACGGUCUCACCGAAGCGCACGAGUCCCAGCGGAAUGUGGCGCCCCAGGGCGCAAGUCGCAGCUGACCACUGGUCACUGUCGCUCCUUCUCCGCCCCAUACAAUGCGAUUUAUUCUGUGCAAAGUUCUUAGCCGGAAAGAUUGACGUUGAACGGAUGAGCUUUACCUCGAACUAGAAAUUAGGCAGUUAUAAGUUACCAUUAAGCUGGUUUGUUGGCAAUAUCGUAAGUAAGUCAGGGAUCGCUUUAGGCUAGGAAGAAAGCGUGUUUUGUAUGCUAAGAUAAAAAACAUUUUCUGCAAUAUACAUCUAUAGUAUAGUCUAAUUUUCAUAGAAUCAGCCAAUUUUUUGUAUUUAGCUACGAUAAAUUAAAGUUCGCAAAAUGUGUAUCGAAUUUAGUUUGUAAUUUUGUAUCGUUAAAAAACCUGUUUUAAAAUAUUGUAAAUGGUCAAAAAAAUUAA